CUAUAUCUGUAGGCACAUCUUUGGUGAAAAGCGGCCGCGCGGAUCUAGAAACAGCGCGGCAUCAGUGCACCUGCUCUCGAGGCUGUCUGGUAUAUAAGAAAAAAGCGCAAAAGUCCUACCGACAGGAAACAGCAUCGAAACUUAGACACAUGGGUUUUUGUGCUUUGAUAUAUUAAUGACGAACCACUUCCCGGCGACUCAGCGUGAUUGACGUCAGUUUGGUUUUCAGAUAUGUAAGGAAGACAGCAUACAGGAACAGAAAGGAGACAGUUUAUGAUUACCCUUGGCUCGUACUUUUGUUGGUGAUUGGGGACUUCAUCGGAACUUUGCUUACUGGCACACCAAUAAAAACCCAAGCAUUAAACCUAUUCCUUUGAAGACUGAAAAUCUAGAGAAGAUGGACUGGAGAAGCUGAUGACUUCAGAAUCCAAGAAGGAGAAGAAGUGGGGAUUUUGUGGAGGUCCCUUCUUUUUCUGUGUCUUUCAUUAUUUCAAAACCUCCAACCUGUUGGCCGGACAGGGAUCCAGAAUUGGCUCCUCCCAGAAAAGACAUCUGUUCCCAAAGUUCUAGUGAUGCUGUAGCUUGCAGCCAGUCUGUGUGUGAGAUAAUUGGUCUUUAUCUUACAGAAAACAUAUGGGUUAAUAGAAAUUAAGCUGGAUUGUUGAUAUUUCAAGAUAUUCCUCAGCAGCAUUCCCAAAUCCAUGCUAUUUUCCCAAGAUGUCCUCAAGAUUUGUAUGUUGUGUGAAUUUUUCGAACUGAUCAUCCCACGGAUUGUUGCUGAUAAUUGUCUAGUCUUAUCCAUCCUUUUAAAUUGUGGCAUCUCUGAAAUUAAACCCUUUAUAUAUCUUUUAAAUAUAUAGAUACACACAGUGUAUACACUUAAGGAUACACUUAAUUCCCACACAUGUAGAGAGUGGUGUAUGAUUGCUAGGGUUCUGAUCUUCCCCCUCGCCCAACACCACAUAGCUCCCCAGCAGGCCUAAAAUAAAGAAGUGGGGUUGAGGCCACAAAUAUAAAGUAUUUACCUGGAAAGGGAAGGAGAUAAUCAGAGGUAACACUGGCAGUGGAGGAGACUGGCCACGUGGGGCUCAAGCACCAUGCAGUCAGACGACUUCUUUGUCCGCAAGUUCCGGCAGGGUAAUCGACUACCGUCCCUCACUUCAGCCAGCUUUGACCCCAUGCGGGAUGCUGGCAGAUGCACUGACCCAAGACCCGAGUGGCCCCCUCAGAGGGACGAGGAUGCGAUGGACGUGGGGAACCUGACUCCCAGCCGCGUGGGCUUAAAACCGCGCACGGCAGGCUGGAGCCACGUCAUGCAGAGGAGGAACAGCGAUGUCACCCCGGGGUGCCUGGAUUCCUCAGGGAGGGCUGACAAAAAUGCUGCCCUGGUAGGGAGUGAGAAGGCAGGUUUCGGGGGUGCAGGGGUGCGAGGGACAUUUGGGGCAGGGCUGCACAGAGAGUAUGGGAGUCUGUCCUCCCUGGAGGAACAGACGCAAGACCAAGCUCAGAGCAGCGAGGACCAGUGCCUCCGGAGCCCAGCUGCUCUCCGUUUCAAGGACCCCUUCUUGCUGCUGGGCCUGCCGGCCACUGACCCCCAGCCCGACAACUUCUUCCGCACCUUGUCCGCGCCUGCAGGGGACCUCCCAAAACCAGCCAAACUUCUGAAGCCAGAGCUGCUCAGAAAGAAGGCCAAGCUGAACCUUCCCCAGCAGCCAGGCGGACAUAGUGACAGCCAGGGGGGAUGUGUCUGGGUCCGUAGUCUCGCCCACUACGACGUGCAGAGUAUACUGUUUGACCUGGCAGAGGUGGCAUCCAACCGCGACAGCAUCGGCCGCAAGAAGAACAUCAGCUCUGGGGCUUCUGCUGCCUCCAAGCUCCAGUUUUCAAACCCAGAGGCACCACCUUCCCCCUCCCAGGGCAGGGGCGGGGGCAGCCAGGAGGACGCCGAGCAGUCUCUGGGGCCGCUGGAUGAAGGUGACGGCAAUGACAAUGACAUGCUGCUCAGCUGCCCCCACUUCCGCAACGAGACUGGGGGCGAGGAGCGAGUGGGGCUAGGGCUGGCGCGGGGUCCGGGUGGGAUGACGCUUGGUCCACAGAGCCCCAAUGAUGCUAUUUCCGUUCUGGAGGAACCCCGUGAAAGCCACGUGAAACAGCAGGAAAGGAGCAAGUACUUCAUUGAACACGCCGACCUGGGGGCCCUCUUCUACCGCAAAUACUUCUACAAUAAAGGUCACCAGAACUUCUUUGGCAUUGAUGAUCGUUUGGGACCUUUGGCAAUUAGCUUCCGUCGUGAGGAGAAGGAGAACUCCAGCGGUUCUAUGUACAACUACAGAAUCAUCUUCCGAACAACCGAGCUGAAGACCCUGAGGGGGUCUGUUCUGGAGGAGGCGGUGUCCUCGACACCCCGCCAUUCCAACCCCCGUGGCCUUUCUCCCAAGAGGCUCCUGGAGUACAUCUUGCCGGAGCUGAACCUGCACUGCCUGCGCCUGGCCUCCAACUCCCCCAAGGUCCAGGACACCCUGCUGAAACUGGACGAGCAGGGGCUGAACUUCCAGAGGAAAGUGGGGGUGAUGUACUGCAAGGCUGGCCAGAGCUCAGAAGAGGACAUGUACAACAACGAGGGUGCUGGACCGGCCUUUGAGGAGUUCCUGGACCUGCUCGGGGAGCGUGUUCGCCUUCAUGGUUUUGAGAAGUACAGAGCCCAGUUGGACAUCAAGACGGACUCCACUGGCACCCAUUCCCUCUACACGCGUUACCAGGACUACGAGAUCAUGUUCCAUGUGUCCACCAUGCUGCCCUAUACUGCCAAAAACACACAACAAUUACUGCGGAAGAGACACAUUGGCAACGAUAUCGUGACAAUCGUCUUCCAGGAGCCGGGAGCUUUGCCUUUCACUCCUAAAGUUAUUCGCUCCCAUUUCCAGCAUGUCUUCAUCAUUGUCCAGGUCCACAAUCCCUGCACUGACCACACCUACUACAGGGUGGCGGUCACGCGCUCCAAGGACAUUCCGCUCUUCGGGCCUCUGUUCCCGAAGGGGGCGCGCUUCUCCCGCUCCCCGGCCUUCCGGGACUUCCUGCUGGCCAAGGCGGUGAACGCGGAGUGCGCUGCGGAGAAGUCGGAGAAGUUCCGCUCCAUGGCCACGCGCACGCGGCAGGAGUACCUGAAGGACCUGGCGGAGAACUACGUCACCACCACGCCCCUCGAGCCCUCCACCAAGUUCCCCUUGCUCGGCCUGGGCAAGCGCAAAGAUAAGCUGAGGGGGGCCAAAGGGGUGGAGCUCCUCAGCGCCGGGGCCCUGGUGUGGACGGUGUCCGCCACGGGGGACGGGGCCGCCGAUCAGAGGCUGCCCUGCCUGCUGGCCGUGUCUUCCGAAUCCGUGGUGCUGAUCGAGAGGGGCACCCACAGCGUGGUGUUCAACUGCUGCUGCCGCAAUGUCAUUGGCUGGAAGGCAGUGACGGAAGGUGGGACCGGGGGUGGGCGUUCCCUGGACAUCUUUUACGACAGGGGGCAGUCCGUGUCCAUCAGCCUGCCCGAUGGCCAAGCAGAGGACGUCCGAGAAGUGGUGCAGAGGCUUGAGACGGUGACGACGGGCUGCGAGGCGUGGGAGCUGACCCCGCUGCGGGACGGGGUGGGGCAGCCGGGCUUCCUGCUGAGCGAGGAGGGCUUCGUGCAGGAGGUCCAGCGGUACGGCUACGCGGAGAACGGGGGCCUGCGGCGGGGCUCCAGGGUGGUGCGCCUCUGCGGCCGGCCCCUGGUCUGCCUGACCCUGGAGGAGAGAGCCGUGCUGAUGCGCACCGCGCCCAAGAUCCAGCUCACUGUCAUCCCCCCCGACAAGGACGGCAAGCCCCGCAGGAGUUUCUUAGAGCUGUACCAGAAAGCCAACCAAGACGUGGAAUGCAAGGUGGGGGAGGGGCCGUCGGGAGAGGCCUGGGUGAUUGAUGAGACGGAUGAAGAGGCUGAAGGGGAGAGAGAGCAGGGCAAGGGCAAGGAGGCGGUGCCAGGGGGAGAGGAGAAAACCAGAGCAGAAUUUGGGUGCAAGAACUCGCUGCUGCCCCCUUCUGGCGCACCCCUACUUCGAGCCGCCUCCCUGCAGGACGACCCCCCGGGUGCGCCUGCCAAAAUCGCGGCGCCCUCGCUGGCGCGUUGUCACUCCAUCGAGACUGGUCAGAACUCUGUUGAUGGGCACAUUUACGACAACCGUGCGGCACGCAGCUGCAUCUAUGAGAACGUGUGGGAGAUGCAUAAUGCCACGCCCGAUCUUAUCCCUGCGCUGAACCCCAAGGUCCCCGUCGAGGAUGAGGAGCUACAGAGACAGUUUGUGGGUAUGGAACUGAGUAAGGAGCAGCCCUUGGCCAGUGACCCCUUCCAGCAGUCGACUCCUCCCGCCUGCCUGGACAGGGCAGACAGGAGCUCCAGAGCUCUAAGUAUCCAGAAGUCUAUCACCAGGAUCUUGACAGAGAAUGCAGAUUCCACUGAGGAGGAAUGGCGGUCCAUCACCGAGCUGCACAGCACCUGCCGUGGUCUCCUGGAGGCCCUGUCUGGAGAAGACCGUACGCUUGGAGAAGAAAGGCUGGCUGCUGGCGACUGCCCUGUCUUGGUGGGAAGCACAGACUCCAAGCUGAGUCAGCUUCAAGACAGUGACUCUUCUGGCCAUCUGGAGGAGAAGGUGUCCCAGCUGGAAUUCAUGCUGAAGAAGUUGCAGGAUGACCUACAGAAGGAGAAGAAGGACAAGGCGGUGCUGCAGGCCGAGGUUCAGAGCCUCAGGCAGAACAACGAGCGGCUGCAGGAGGAGUCCCAGAGCACCGUGGCCCGGCUCAUCAAGGUCACUGAGCUGCUGUGCAAAAUCAACAAGCCCUGCUAGCUUCCCUGCAUGCUCUGCCAGCUCUGCGCAACACACACACGCCUUAUGACAUCCCUGAGAGAAGCUGGCCCACUGCGAUCCUAGCCUGGACACGUUGGGUUCUCUCCUUUCAGGCCCCUCAGCCCCGUGCUCAUAGGCCAACCUACAGUUGCAUUAGCAAGCCAUUUAUUUGUAGUUUCGAAUUUGACAUCAAGCUGAUCUCCACACGAUGGAUCUCGGUUUUGUUCCCCUAAGCCACAAAGUCCCUCUAUAGGUCUUAUAUCUGGAACAGGAACCACUUCUGGAAACAGUUUCCCCCCCCCCUCUUCUUGUCCUGACUGAUACCUGCUGUAUUAUCAUGAAAAAUCCAUUUCACUUUCUCCUAGGCUCAGAGACAGUCAGAGAGGAUUCAAGACACUUCUGGUGCGAAUUCAGGUUUGCCUCGCCCAGGCAAUGAGCCUUCUCAAUGAGCCGCACUCAGCUCAGUGUUGUGGUGGCAGUGUGGUCACACGGGACUGUCUGCAAAACAGGAAGUGUGAUCUGUGAAACAAGCGAACCCUUCUCUAGCCUGCUGUAUCAACAAAAGUGACAGAUGUGCUUCCUCUGCUGAUUAAAAAAGAAAACUAAGGCAAAACAAGGAAGCAAUUCAAAAGGACAGAACAAAAACUACCUUCAUUUGAGAGACACAAAGAGAGGUGGAAUGGACACAGCACACCUGAACUUUGGGACUCACAGCACCCCUGAACUUUGGGUGUCAUAGAUCCCUUAAUAUGAAAAUAUAACUGAGCCAGUCAUUGUUUGUUUCUUAUCCUGCUGAUAUCUCCAUACCCAGGAAUAGCAGUGCACCGAUAUUUUUAGUGGACUAAGACCCUACAGAAAGUCUGAAAGGGAAGUUAAGUUUCAGCUGGCGGAGUUUUCCAGGCCCCCAGACCUGCGUGUAUCUAUCUACCCUGUGUGCUGACCUAUGGCAGAGGGACGGACGAAGAGAAGUAAAUUCAGCGGUUUAAAGCAAGGCUGCUAGUGGGAUACAGUGGGCAGGGGCUGGUGCUGUGUUUCCUGCGGAAAUGCAGGUGCUGGAAUCCCCCUCUGAGGUGGUAGUCCACCUGUUAUGCUCUCUCAUUCCAACUCAGUCCCUCGUCCACCACCCAAACGCGUGAUUCAAACUAAAACCAAAUGCUUAAAGCUAAAUGAGAUUAUCAGCGUGCCUGUAAGUUGUAUUAACUUCCUUUUGUAAUUUUGAAUAUGCUUUUAUCAGUUUUAUUUUCUUAACUGUGAAUACCUGGUACCAAUAAGUUACGACCUGUGAAGAUUACAUUAUUACUGCAAAUCUAUAUCUUUAUCUAUAUAAAAAGACAUAAAAAGAAUCAGUCAUAUUUUUAAUGCGUUCAGUUGCAUAUACCCCCUAAAAGUGGGACAGUUAUGAUGACUGAAUUAAAUGAGCAAACAAAUAGUUUAUUCAUGAGCAAAGUAGCAAUGUAUAAAAAUAUAAUAUAUGUGAUAAUAUAUGUGACUGUAGAUAUUUAGUUUAUAGGAAGUUACUGAAGCUGAGGAUGCAUCAAACGUCAAAUGAGUUCUCCUCAGACAGUAUAUGAAUUUCCGUUUAUGAAAUAAUUUAAUAAUCAUAAUGUGACCAAUCAUCUCAUAAACAUAGGAUUUCUCAGUAUUUGUUUAAACACUGGAGGGCUGUCGAUACACAUGCUGCAAUGUGGGGAGGGAAUUUAUUUUUAGUUGUAAAAGAAAACAUAAACUGUGCAGGGAUAAAGUUGUAAUCCAGACAUAGAUUGUUCGGUUGUGUUUACUGUAGAAUGUGUGUUUUCUUUAUUACAGUAUUUGGAGAUAGUCCUUACAGCCAUGUGCAGGUUGCGUGUUGCAUUUUCCUCCCCUGUUUUUACUCUGUAGAAAGACAGUGGCCAUAGUGCACAUUCACCAACGCUGCUGGCUCCCCAUUAAAAACAGCUAAAGCGGACAGAAGAAAGCUCAUUCAUUUAAGCAGAGUUCUUAUCCACUGACUUAUGGAAUGUAGACAUCAAAGAUGGAUGAUUCUAACCUAGACAAUGUGUAAUGCUCUGAAAACAUUGCAGUGUGUUGCUAACAUUGUGAACGUUGCGGCAACCACCCAGCAAACCUCUGAUUGUGAUGUCCAUUAGCUGGAUCUGAAACCAAAAAGGGAACUGUAUCGCACAUGGAUAAAGGGAUGAUGUAGCCAGUCUUAACUGUGGUGCUAAUUACAGUUAUUUCAUUUUUUCCCUUUUUCUUGUUUAUUUAUCUUGUCAUCAUCACACUUCCAUACGUUCCGGGGUGUGGACAGUAACAGUGCUAUGAUUAACUGCAGGAUAAGGGGUUAUACCGCAUGGCCAUUAUCUCGUUGAACAAACCGUCAUAGCUUUGCUAGAUGUAUAAUUUAGCCAUUCCCAAAUGGUUGCAUCAAGGUGACAGGACUUGAACUUUCAUACAAUCUAGGAAGAUUUUGUGAGCAUUUGAGUACUUCAGGUGUGUGUCUGUGUGCGACAUUUGGUAUGUACACAGUAAUCAGUGACCUAUGUAAUGAUGAGUUUCUUAGUUUGCCUUGACGGCGCAGUAUGAAGCUUGCAUAUAAUGUCUAUCAGGUACUCUGUGACUAAACAUUGAGAGUUGUAUUCCUGUGCACUCAUCUCAGUAGAUGAAGAGCUGCUUUUGUCUGGGUUAGGUUGUUCACCCUGUUGCUUUUCUUUGUUUUCUGUGGAUAAUCAUUUGAUUGUUUGUGCAUACAUAUAUGUGUACUGAACAACUCUCAGCAAUAAAGUAUCUUGGCUAUGUCUAAAAACAUUGUGCUGCCUUUUGCUGUGUCUAGCUGACGUAAUUUACAUGGAAGCAAACCUCCCCACUGCAAAAAUUCACCACAGCCCAUAAUGUUCAUCUAGCUCAAUGCUGCCAUGUGUGUUUGAAACAACCUGUUCAAAUAGUUUAAAUGAUCUCCAGCAGGGUAACCACUGCUGUAGGGUUAACAUUUGUUGCUUGACAACUUUCGGGAUUUUAAGUCAGAUCUGGUGCUCUGUCUGGUUCUUUGGCUCCGGGCAGCUGUUUUGUUUUUUUCUUCUAUUUUUCUAUUUUGCCAUUCUCUUAGAAGCUUUUCUGUUGUCUUUUCACAAUUCUGCAAUUACUUUUGGCAUCUCGACUACCAUAUCCUACCAUGUAACUUUUGUAAGAUUCAAGCUGUCUAAUGUGAAAAUGUUUGUGAAAAUUGUACACAUUUCACUUUAUCGAGAGGGGCAAAUGUCCUCUUGGUUCAUCUGAGCAUAGUGUUUUUCCUAAUUUGGCUUGUUAUGAUUUUCUAUAAAUGUUUGUGGAGAACUAAUGCAAGUCCUGGACUUACCGUUCUUUUUCCUCAGAAUAAAUGUGUAAUUCUUGGUUUA